GUUCGCGUCCGGCGGGGCGGGCGUCGAGCUCCGUGAGGCGGCGCCGCCUCCGCCGCCGCCGCCGCCGCCGCUUCGUGAGGAGAACCGGAGCGGUUGAGUUCCGUCCCGAGAUGACCGUUCAUGGUUUUUGAAAGGGGCGAGAAGGCGAAUCCUAAUUAUUAUUUAAAAAGAGAGAGAGAGAGAAGAAGGAAGGAAGGGAAGGGAGAGCCUGCGAGCCGGGAUCGAGCAGGCCGGGCCUGGCGGCAGGCGGGCGGCUGAGGAAGCGCGGAUGGGGGUCGGUGGCCGGCGGCUGAUCCCGCCUCUCGCCCUGCGUGUGGGGUCGGCCUGAGGGGAGCGAUGUCGAACGCGGGCACCCGGAGGGCCGGCUCCAGCAUCAAAGUCCGCCUCACAGUGCUUUGCGCCAAGAAUCUUGCAAAGAAAGAUUUCUUCAGGCUCCCUGACCCCUUUGCAAAGAUUGUAGUGGACGGGUCUGGUCAGUGUCAUUCCACCGACACCGUGAAGAACACCUUAGAUCCCAAGUGGAACCAGCAUUAUGAUUUAUACGUUGGGAAAUCAGAUUCUAUCACCAUCAGUGUCUGGAACCAUAAGAAAAUUCACAAAAAACAGGGAGCUGGCUUCCUGGGAUGCGUCCGACUUCUUUCUAAUGCCAUCAGCAGGCUAAAAGAUACGGGAUAUCAGCGUUUGGAUCUAUGCAAACUAAAUCCCACAGACACUGAUGCAGUCCGAGGCCAGAUAGUUGUCAGCUUGCAGACACGAGAUAGGAUAGGCACAGGAGGGUCUGUGGUAGACUGCAGGGGGCUCUUGGAGAAUGAAGGAACGGUUUAUGAAGACUCGGGACCUGGGAGGCCCCUGAGCUGCUACAUGGAAGAGCCAGCCCCGUACACGGACAGCACAGGAGCUGCCGGCGGAGGGAACUGCAGGUUUACGGAUACCCCUGGCCAGGAUCAGACCCUGCAGGUCCAGCGAUUGCGGGGUCCUGACGUAAGAAGCCAUGUCCAGACACCCCAAAAUAGGCCCCACGGUCAUCAGUCGCCAUCGCCGGAUCUGCCUGAAGGCUACGAGCAAAGGACAACAGUACAGGGACAGGUUUACUUGCAUACACAAACUGGGGUCAGCACCUGGCACGAUCCCAGGAUACCAAGAGACCUUAACAGUGUGAAUUGUGAUGAACUUGGACCUCUGCCUCCAGGCUGGGAGGUUAGAAGUACGGUAUCGGGAAGAAUAUAUUUUGUAGACCAUAACAACAGAACCACCCAGUUCACAGACCCAAGACUGCAUCACAUAAUGAAUCACCAAUGCCAACUAAAAGAAUCCAACCAGCCUUUGCAAGCCCCAAAUGAGGGAUCGUUGGAAGACAGCGAAGAGCUGCCCGCUCAGAGAUACGAGCGGGAUUUGGUGCAGAAGCUCAAGUUCCUCCGGCACGAACUCUCCCUCCAGCAGCCUCAAGCGGGCCACUGCCGCAUCGAAGUAUCGAGGGAAGAAAUAUUCGAGGAAUCUUACCGUCAGAUAAUGAAGAUGAGGCCGAAAGAUCUGAAGAAGAGGCUGAUGGUGAAAUUUCGGGGAGAGGAAGGCUUAGAUUAUGGUGGAGUGGCAAGGGAAUGGCUGUACCUUCUAUGCCACGAAAUGCUGAAUCCGUACUACGGGCUUUUCCAAUAUUCAACUGAUAACAUUUACACGCUGCAAAUAAAUCCCGAUUCCUCCAUCAACCCCGAUCAUCUCUCUUAUUUCCACUUUGUCGGUCGGAUCAUGGGGCUGGCGGUGUUCCACGGGCAUUACAUCAACGGGGGUUUCACCGUCCCUUUCUACAAACAGCUGCUGGGCAAACCCAUCCAGUUAUCUGACUUGGAAUCGGUGGAUCCAGAACUGCAUAAGAGCUUAGUCUGGAUUUUAGAGAAUGACAUCACUCCAGUUCUGGACCAUACCUUCUGCGUGGAACACAAUGCAUUUGGUAGAAUUCUGCAACAUGAACUCAAACCCAAUGGGAGAAAUGUUUCCGUUACGGAAGAGAAUAAGAAAGAAUAUGUCAGGCUGUAUGUAAACUGGCGGUUCAUGAGAGGAAUUGAAGCCCAAUUCCUGGCCCUUCAAAAAGGUUUUAAUGAGCUUAUUCCUCAACACCUCCUGAAGCCUUUCGACCAUAAGGAACUUGAGCUCAUCAUCGGUGGCCUAGACAAGAUUGAUCUGAAUGACUGGAAAUCCAACACGCGCCUGAAGCACUGCAUGGCCGACAGCAAUAUCGUCAAGUGGUUCUGGCAAGCGGUGGAGGCCUUUGACGAGGAAAGGCGAGCGCGGCUGCUCCAGUUUGUGACAGGCUCCACGCGGGUUCCCCUUCAGGGUUUCAAGGCUUUGCAAGGCGCGGCAGGGCCCAGGCUGUUCACUAUCCACUUGAUCGAUGCAAACACAGACAACCUCCCGAAAGCUCAUACUUGCUUUAACCGUAUUGACAUUCCGCCUUACGAGUCCUACGAGAAGCUUUAUGAGAAGCUCGUGACCGCCGUGGAAGAGACCUGUGGCUUUGCGGUGGAGUGACCAGGCAACCAAAGGAACCGAUAUUGCUAAAGCUCACAGACCACCAAAUCAAAGGAAAAAAAAAACCUGUAAGGAGAAGCUUGCUGUGAACUUCUUUUUUUUUUUUGUCCAAAGUGUUGGGAUUUGCUUGACAACUAAGGGUGCAAAGGCUGUUUUCCCCCCUCCCUUCGACGGCCGUCGGCGAAGAGGGAGCUUUUUAUUUUUUGGAGGUUUCCCAAACAUACCUUCUCCCUCUUGUGACAAUAUAACCCUCCCUUUCCUUUCUUCAUUUCCCAGGAACACCACAACAACAACACCAGAAAACCAAACCAACCACACACACACACACACACUCAAAUACAGGCAGCCAGGUUCAGCGUUCUGGUUUCGGUUACCCGCGAUAAUUCCUGCUAGAUUUGUAACACAUAUUGUGAUAAGGGUCUACGACCUGUGGUCUUUUUUUAUAGGAGAUUCAAAACUGUAGUUGAGUAUCUUUUUGCCAUUGGUUUGCCCGAGGAGUUUGGUCAUCGUAGGUGUCUGUGGAUGUUUGUCUUCGACGCAACCCCGAACCCUUGUAGAAUCCAGAAGCUCUGGAGAGGAAUGAAUAAAGGGAAAAGGAAAAAGAUUGGCACUGAAAUUCCCACUAGCGCAUUUCAAGGAAAUCCCCGUUUAAAAGGAACGCCGCCCAGCAGAGCGUGCCGCUCCGUAGCAUAGGAAAACUGAGGAUUAUUAUUCCUUGUCAGGAAGCUUUUCCCCCCCCUCUUCUUCUUCUUCUGUGAAUGAGAUGACUUGGCUCUUAGAGGAACAAUUCAGGAGAAUCCAGCCAUCUUGGGACGAUGCAAGUUUCUUUUCUCCUUUUGCGGGGGGACGCUUGGCAUAGGAGGUAGAUCCAUUCUUUGGAUAAACUGUUUUUCUUUUCGUCAUCCUUGGCAUCUGUGGAAGAGAAAGCAGGGCACGGCUCAGAUUCUCAAGAGAAACCACACAUCCCCCCUUUUCUCUCUCUCUCUCUCUGUUUCUCGCUCUGUUUUUCUGAAAUGCUUUCAUUGUGAUGUGAAACGGCCGAAAUUCUUUCCACAGGAAAUAGCUCACAGCAAAGAUAAACGGGAUCCAGUUCCAUUUCUGAAACUGUCUGGUAUACAGAACGGCUCUCGUGAAAAAGGACUCAGCCUAUGAGAUUGAGUAACUCAAACACUGUUUCCAGCUUCUGCCCCCCUUUUUUUUCUUCCCCCACUCCCCCCCCCAACACAAUUAGGCAAUUUUGACAGUCGAUACCAAUUUGUUUGCCUUCCGGCUUACUUCCACACAAGAAGAAUCCGAAUGGUAAGAUUCCCCCCCUCCUCUCUCCAAAAUGCUUAGUUUUAAUUUGCACAAAUGAAGAAGGCCGGUAAUUGUUAACAAGGUAACAUUUCUCUGGGGGUCAGAAAUUCCACUAAUCAUCAAGUGUAACCUUGACACUCCUGUGAGAGUUUUUCCUUCCUCUUCCUUUGCAAAGAAGCAUAUAACAAGGUGUCGAACUUCAUACGUGGGUCAUGUAUGGUGUGGGCUUGUUUUUUUUAAUUUGUUUCUUGUCUGUCCAACGAGGAUAUUUCUAUCGUCACUUAAUACAACCGAUUGAGAAUAGCUUUAAACUGUGAUAGGACAAACCAAAAUUAGAGAACUUGUCCAGAUCCCCGGAAUUGUUUUCUUCCUGUUUAUUCAGUUGACUGUAACCCUCGGCGACAGAAAACUUGAGAGGAUUCCACGUGAGAAGGCAAAUCUACCUUUUGUGAUAUUUGCACCGUGUGGCGAAACGAUUGGGUUUUGUGGUUGACUUAACACUGACUCGUAGUGCCCUUCCGGGCUUCAUUUGCACUUAGGCCACUGAAAUGCAUUGUAGAUCACCUGGGGAGGGGAUUAGAUCAAGGAGGCCUUUUCAGAACUUGGAAGGACCUUAACCAACUUCUGGACAGUAGAAAUCUACCACCAUCGCUGCUUUUCAAGGGCUCUUGAAUUACAUUGUAUAUUUCGUGGGGAUCCUGAUUGACCCUACCACUGGAAUUUAAGCCUCUAAAGAAUCAUAAAAGGUGUGAAUUCUGCUCCCACUAAAGUGAUUUGCACAGUUUGUUUCCCAGUUAUUAAACGGCGUUAAGGGUUGGUAAACGAUUCCUCCUCGAGCCACGCAUUAAAAUAGGGCUGGGCACAUCAGACCAGCAGAGAUAACAUCCGUGGCAUUUAUAGGCUGAAUUCUUGCAUUGUUCUUGUCUCAUAUCGUCGUGCUUCGGCCACGUCCAAAAUCGAGGACUCGCGAACGGGUCAGGCAACUUGAAAUGCAAAAGGCAGCCUGCAUAUAGCAUAAAAGGUAGCUUUCGGACAGUGGCUGGCAAACCUGGCCACUUUUAAGACGCGUGGCCUUCGAACCCCCAGAAUUGGCUGAGGAAUUCUGGGAGUCAAAAUCCAUGCGUCUUGAAAGCGGCCAAGGUUGGAGACCCCCCCUGCCCUAGAAGGAGGAUCAGAUGGCAGGCUGCAAAAGAGGUUCUCUCUGGUGGUAACUUGGAGGAUGGGAAGAAAGAUCUCUUAAUUUUGCUCAUCCUCCUCCAGUGGCCUUCUAAAGUUGUCGCCGUUCAUCAACUAAGACCCUGAAGGGUUUUCAGGCAGGAUCAGAAAGCAAGCUAGGUAUGACUUGUUCUGGACAGGUGAGCAUUUUUUAACCUCAGCUAGGCUUAAGGGUCACUUCUGCUGAAAGUUUUUGGGACAGCUCAACAAUUAGGACAAAGCCCACCAGCAUGAAGGAUGCCCUCCUCCCAUCGGGAGUAUCGCGCAGGUCAGCAGAAGUCCUUGAAAACCGCGAGUAAAGUUUACGUGAGGGCGGAGCACGAAACGCCUGCCUGCCUGCAGUCUUCCCCACUGAUAAGCAUUUGCAGCUUUCCCACGAGGAGAUAGGAACCAAGGCGUUUAGCUGUGAUGCCACUUCAGCGGGAAAGGAGAAGGGCCAAUUUUUCCUCCGAUUAUCUUCUGGAGCUUCUUGAAGUGACCUUCAGCAUCCCCGUAGGCAGAGAGAAGCCGCGCCUGGUCCAGCGAGACAGAUCUCCCUCCCUCUCUCUGCAUUUUUGGUUGGUUUGUUUACUUGCCCCGAAAUGCCUCGUCUGCCUUGAUGCUCUCCCAGGGAUGCAGGAAAUCAGCACUUGCUCAGUCUUAGGAAUUGGGAAGUCAAAAUCGGACCAACUUUCUGUUCGCUUAAAGCAAGGGCAACUUGGAAGACCCCCCGGCAACUUGGAAGACCCCCGCGGAUUCCCAACUCCCAGAAUUCCCCAGCCAGCCCUGCGUGGGGCUGGAAUUCUGGAAGUUGGAAGGCCACAAGCUCUUCGAAGUUGCCGAGUUUGGAUGCCGCUGCUUUAAAGGGAUCGUUCGCUUUAACAUUAGUUCUCAGGCCUCAGCAAUUUGUUUUAAAAUCCUCUCGACCACAACCCAGUAUUUCUGCACUGUAGGGCACAGGAAGUUUUCCAGAAAUGCAGUUUUAAGUCUCUCUUGUUUGUUUCAGGUUUCCCCCCCCCCCCUCGGUAAUUCCCCCCCCCCCCGUUUUUUUGUUAUCCAUUCUUUAACCACUUUAUAAUGUGUUUUUUUAACUUAUUCUUUUGUAAUGUCUUGGGUUUUUAAAUAUUGCUGCUACCCUUGUUACUCUUCUCACCGUUUAUAUUGCAGAUUUAUUUUGUAAAAAAAAAAGUUGUACACUAAUGUGUUUUUUUUUUUUCAUUUUAUGUCUAAAUCAAAGUAUUUAAAAGAAAAUGCUAGUUCUAUUUAAUGUGUUAUGGAGCCGGCUGAAAUAACAGUGAUUGUGUAGUAGGGGUGGGCCCGAAGGUCAUGUCCAUUUUUGUUACAUAUGCAAUAAACUCUCACAACUUUAA